CCCGACUUUCAAUGCAUCAAACACAAUGCCGCCCACUUGAAGUCGUAUGACUGAAUGAAUGAACAAUGCCCCGACCGCGAGUGCGACCAGCCGACCGGCAACGUGCCCCAAAGGCAUGCAUCACUUGCAAUACCUCGAAGAAGCGCUGCGACGCGAAUCUACCCUGUUCACUAUGCGUGAAGAAGGGCCGCGCUGCGUCGUGCACUUAUCCCGAUGCUGUGCGACAGCGUCGUAGGAGUAGGAGUCCUAGGGUUAUCGAUACGCAGCACUCGAGGUUACGUGAACGGGAGAGUGAGAGUGUGGUUGAGACCCGAGAAUCAUCACUACAGUGUAGUCAACAACCGACGAUGCUGUUGAGUUCUCGAGGCGAACAAGUCUACAUUGGCAAUGUCGCUGCCAUUUCUUUUCCGCAGUUCUUACAGAAGACUCUGAAGCGCUAUAUUGGGCCGUCGUCCUUCACGGACCUUAGAAAAAACAAGACCAUGUUAGAAGUCCAAGUGCAAAGUGGUGGAACUGGUCAAUUUGAGGACGCCCUUGAUCAUGCAGAAAAGCAGGAUUUGAUUCAAUGCUUUCUGAGAGUCUCUAAUGGUAUACUUCAUCUCUUCUCAGAUCAAGAUAUCUCUCGGCUUCUCCGCUUAGAUAAUAUUCAACAUCCGGCGACAGAGUCUUUGAACUUUCAUCCCCAACGAGAUGAUAUGGCAUGCCUUUAUCUCAUGAUAGCGAUUGGUGCUCAGUGCAGAGGAAAGAGUGAAGCCGAGAUCAAACUUGCGGGAAAGUAUUUCACGAAAGCUCAACAAAUAGCCUUUGUGCACAUGCUACAAGACCCCUCGCUUGCUAUGAUUAGAAUUUUCUUGAUGAUGGCCUUCUUCAUGCUUGGGGCUUGCCGUCGAAAUACUGCUUUUCUCUACAUUGGGAUCGCUUCAAAGGCUGCAAUAAUUCUGGGACUUCACAUUUCGUAUCAGCAUGGUCGUGCGUCAGUAGAGGAGCGAGCAGUGAGGCGCCGGACUUGGAUGAGCUUAAGAGUCCUUGACCUUUUGUGCAGAGAUGGGUACGAAAAAGAAGAUGUCAGCAACGAGAUCAAAGAUCAUCGAACACUGGCUCUACGAGCGAGUUACGAGUCCUCUGCCAUCAUCGAGACCAUUGUCCAAAGCUGUGCAAACUCCAGCAAUCUUGAUAUCAAAUCUGCAGAAACAUUUCUACAAAUGUUAAGAGAGUGGAGUCAAGCAUUGCCAGAAAGUCUUCGCAAUUCUCCUAAGGCUCAGAGUGACAGCAACACUCACUUAGUACCGGACCCUCGCGAGCUCACUAUUGGCAACAUUCAUGUUUCUUGCACAUAUUACUUUGGUGUGAUAUUGGUCACGCGGCAGUUUCUGAUCUCCCGUGUAAUGUCUCAAUUGCGCGGCAGAAGGUCACCAACAGCACUUCCCGUGCUGACUGAGCUGCCAGCAGACGAGAGAGAGAAAGAGAUCGUAUUUCAGUUCUCAAAGGGAUGUAUUAGCUCCGCUAUGUUCAUGACGCAGCUGUGCUACGAAGCUUGUGUGAACAAUAUUCUCCUCGACAACAUGUGUCUUUUAAAAGCAUGGCUCUUCUCUGCAGGUCUAGUACUAGGAUUCUGCCUUUUGGUAGAAGAAGAAGACUGUGCCAAAAUCCAGCAAGCAUUAAAUCACGCUCGAGAGACUCUUCAGAAACUGUCAAGACUGAGUCCGCAAGCGCAACAAUACUACGAUAUUCUAACAAGCUUCUGGAGCGCAAUCGAACUGUACCGAGAACAGCUACUCAUACACCAGAAACCAAGCACCAAUCCAUAUGUGGAACAGAUCAUGACUUUUGACGAAAUCGGUAGUGGAUGGCAAGGCGGAGAUCAGUCGCAAGUACCGGCACUAGGGCAAUUACGAACUCCUGAAGCAAGCCAUGGCGGCGAUGAUAUAGGAGCAGUGUUUGACGGAGGGUAUCUUGGUGGUCAGUUGGAAAUGCCAUCGAACAUGACUCAAAGAUUUGUUCGUAACCAAUGA